UUAAGCCAGGAUGAAGAAAUCGGCCCUAACAAACAUAAAAUUUUUCAAAAGUUAAUGUGUACACUAUGGGCAUAAAAGAUUUGUGGAAUCUGUUGACACCGCACAGCGAAAAGCAAGCCCUGUUCCACCUGAAUGGCCAGGCGGUUGCAAUCGAUCUCUCCGGCUGGGUCUGCGAGAGCUUGAACGUUGUCGAUUAUUUUGUCCAUCCGCGGUUCUAUCUGAGGAAUCUGUUCUUUCGCACCUAUUAUUUGCUGCAAUGCGGCAUCAUUCCGGUGUUUGUGCUGGAGGGCUCUGCCCCACCGCUAAAAUAUGGAGUUAUCAUCAAGCGGAAUCAAAUGCAGUUCCGCGGUGUGCGGCCGAGAAAAACAGCCAACUGCGACAAGGGAGCCAGCCAGAAAAGCAGCCAGGCUCCCACGGAACAGAAACGGAACCGCUUCCAUCACGUACUGAAACAGUGCGAAGAGCUGCUGAGUUCGAUGGGGCUGGUUUGCGUACAGGCUCCGGGUGAGGCAGAAGCGUUGUGUGCGUAUUUAAAUCAUGAUGGGCUGGUUUACGGAGUGAUCAGUCAGGAUUCGGACUGUUUCGCCUAUGGAGCGGUGCGAGUGUUUAGGAACUUUUGUGCUUCGCAAAACGGCGGCGGCUCGGUGGAUGUUUACGAUAUGGAGAAGAUACGUAUGACGUUGGAUUUGGGCCAGGAGAAGAUAGUGGCCAUGGGAAUACUGUCCGGAUGCGAUUACAGUCCAGGCGGAGUACCUGGCGUGGGUAGAGAGAUGAUCAAUCGAUUGUUGAACAAUUUCCGAAGCAGCGAAAUUUUGUCCCGAAUUCGUUCGUGGCGUUCGGCAGCGGAUCGUUUAUCCGAGGAGGAAGUGAAAGCGGAAGACAAGAAUGUGUGUGCCGAUUGUGGCCACCGGGGGAAACUGUUUGUCCACCGUCGCGCAGGUUGCCAGGAUUGUAGAACCAGUGAAGGAUGCGACGAAUCCAGAUGGAAGAACCGGAGGGCGAAUAUUAAGACUGAGCUAGACAUCCGUAGGAAGGCGUUGCAGGAUCCGGAAUUUCCGCCGGAGGCAAUUAUAAGCGAAUUUAUGGAUCGGAGAUGUGAGCUACCACCGUUGGAUUUGGAGUGGCGACAACCAAAUAUCGUGAAGUUCAUUCGCAACAUUGCCAAUCUUCUCCAGUGGAACGAAAUCUACAGCUUUUUGAAACUGUUCCCCCUCUUCACCCACUGGCAGCUAGUGACCCUUAGAAAACAUCCAUCCCGGGGAAUCAACAUUAAGCUGCAACCGGACUUUAUUAAGAAAAAGAGAUCUCCAAAAGGAGUAGCUAGUUACGAAAUCGUUUGGAAGGAUGAAGGGUCGAUCUUUUCCGGGCUGAUUCCGGACGACCAGCUGCAAACGUUUCUGGAGGAGCCGGGCAACAGCGAAGAAUCUCUGUGGAGUACCAUCGAGCCGCAGGAUUUAGUUUCUGCGGUGUAUCCGGAUCUCGUAGAAGCUUUCCUGGCGUCAAAGACAAAACCAAAAAGAAAACCGAAAAAGUCCCCCAAGAAGCAAUCGGGUACUAAAACAGCAAAGAAUGCUAAACAAAAACGGUUGGAAGAAUUAAUGGACAUUGUAACGAGUGCCGGUGACUCACCGCCAGAAGAACCGGAGGAGGAAGUCUUGAUGGUAGAAUGCAAUCUGCCCAUAACUGGCGAUGUACAUUCAGAUGAAAUGACGGAUUUGAAUCAGAGCAUCUCCAACAUGUCCGUUGAUUCCGCUUCGGACUCUAUCUAUUGGGAUCUCAUUGCAAAUGGGUCGGCAUGGGACGCGGAUUACCUUAAUGUUUCGGAUGUCAUUGAUCGUGUUUGCCAUCCGGACUACGGACGUACUCCAUUUCCGGGUGAGGAGGAAGAAGACAAACGAAUAAAGCAGUUGCUAGCCAAAGCCCGAGCUAUGAAGACGCUGCUCUCGAUGAGUGUCCAGCAUGCGGCAAUGGACGACCUCUGUCUGGAUGAUGAACCGGAUGAAGAGCCAAACGCCAACGUUCAACACAAACUUCUGCUGAAACAGGACAUUCUCUCGUCGGAAGCGGAUUUGGUAAAUCAAUCUCUGCUGAACCGAUCGCUCAAACCACGCAAACGCAGGAGUUUCUUCUUCGAAUCGAUUUAUGUACCACCGCCGGAGCUGCAGGACGGUUACAACGAAAUGGACAUGUUCGAAUGCUCCGUUGCCCUGAAGGAUCAAUUCGUGAUGCCAGUUUCGGAUGAGAUGAAUCAAACUAUUGUCUACGAUCUGGAUUUUUAAUGUAAGUAACGCUAUAUUAUGAUUUAAACAA